AUGGGAAAUACUACUUCAAUAGACAAUGAUUUACAUGAAGAGUCUAAUGAUAAAUAUUUCGAAAUAUUUUGUCUUAUUUGGCUUGAUGAAAAUAUAUCGAACACUCGUAAUACAGAAGAAAAACUACGUUGUAUUAUCAAUCAUUUGAAGAAAUUUAAAAAUGUUAAACAGUGUCAACAAUAUAUUGAGCAACGAUCGCAAAAUGAGAGAAUAAUACUUAUUGUUAGUGAUCAAUUGGGAUUAGAACUAAUACCUUCGAUUCAUCAUCUUCGACAAUUAAUAUACAUCUAUGUAUAUUGUACGGAUACGAAAAGCAAUAACGAGUGGACAUGUAAAUUUACAAAAAUAAAAGGUAUUGUUGUUGGAUAUGAUGAACUUGUUGCAAAAAUUCAAGCUAAUUAUAUGAUUGAGAAGAAAAUUGAAGAGCCUUUAUCAAUAUCAAAUGUGAAGAAUAAUGAGUUUCUUGUCUUUCAAGUUCUUAUUGAUUGUUUAUUGCGAAUGAAAUUGAAACAAAGCGACAAUGAUAAACUUAUCAAUUGUUUGAAAAACAAAUAUAAAGGUAAUCCCAUCGAAUUGAACAAUAUUUCUGAAUUUCAAAUGAAAUAUUCCGCUGAUAAAGUUUUGUGGUGGUAUACUCGUCAGUCAUUUUUCUCCAAGACUCUCAAUAAUGCAGUUCUACAUACUCAGUAUAUUCCCAUGAUGUUUUUGUUUUGUACAUAUAUAUCCGAUAUUUAUGAUCAAUUGGAACGUUAUCAAAGUAAACGUAUUCUAAAAUCGUAUCGAAGUCAAUUAAUAUCAAAGAAUGAACUAGAAAAUCUAAGACAAUGUCUUGGUCAAUUAAUUUCCAUUAACUCAUUUUUCUUUACUGGUAGUAAUAUUAAGUAUCAAAUAGCUCUUUUAUUCUCUAAUGUAGCAAAUAAUUUAGAAAAAAUAUUAUUUGAAAUCAUUGCUAAUCCUAAUAUAGUUACUAGAAAACCAUUUGCUGAUAUUGGUAGACAUACAGAUGAAUCUCAAGUUUUGUUUAUGGUUGGUUCGAUUUUCCGCGUUGAAAGUAUCAAAUGUAAUGAUGAUCGAAUAUGGAUUAUUCAAAUGACUUUAUGUGGUGAUGAUGAUUUAAGAGAACAACUUGGAAAUGAAAAAAUUGAUUUAACUGAAAUUUACUUUCAGCAUUUCUUAAAAAAAUUUUCAUUAAAUGAUCCUUUAUACAAAGAUCUUGUUGAACUUGGAUUACAGAAAGAUGAUUAUGAGAAAAUUGUUCAGUGGCAAGAAAAACAAUUAACUAUAUCAGAUUUCAAUACGAAUGAAACAAAUAGUUUAAUUGCAAAUGAAACUAUUUUUCCCAUUAUGAUUGGCAUACAGGCUAAUCACUAUCUCAAUCCACAAUGGAAUGGAAAUUAUACUUAUUUCAACAAUAUCAAUGGUAAGCAAUACUAUUGGACAACGCCAAUUGAUCGAGGUGGUAAACGAUACUAUUGUCCAAUAGGUUGGAAACGAUUAAGUAUUAAUGUAGCAAAUGAUGCAAAAGAAUUUGACAAACGUUGGGGAGAUUGGCCAAUUGCUUAUCAUGGAACACUUAUUGAAAAUGUAUUAAAUAUUCUUGCAUCAGGUCUUCGAGUCAGUAGAAGCGGAUGCUUUUAUGACGAUGGCAUACCACGAGUCUGUCUAUCACCAAGUAUAGAAUAUUGUGCUCAUCCACGUUUUGCACAGCCAUGGAAUGAAAUAGAUAAAAAUGGUCGAACUAUUUGGUAUCAAUUAAUUUUUCAAUGUCGUGUCAAUCCAAAUUCGAUUGGAUGUAUUGCAUCUGAAACAGUAUUACCUGUAGAGGCUCAAUCAAUAGUAAGGAUAGAUCCUAAUUUUAAUAAUUCGGAAUUAGAAUGGAUCAUAUUAGGUAAAAACAAUGAUGUAGAAUUUUUAAAGGAUGAUAUCAUUUGUUAUGGAAUAAUGAUACGAGCAUCAAAUGUUAAUCCAAAGUAUUUAUCAUCAUCAGGAUGGUGGAAAUAUAGUUAUGGAGCUGAUGUGUAUAAUAAGGAAUGCGACUGA